AUGAAGAUCUCUACCUUCUUGACCUUCUGCCUGGGUAUGGGUAUGCAGCUGGCAACUGCCGCUCCCAUCAACACCACCAACACCGACAUCACCGUCGGCAAUCCUCUGUCCACCAACCUUACCACCACCGCCGUCAUCAACAGCGAACACGUCAAGCGCGACGGCAUCAACUGGGAAUGGUGGUGUGACUUCUGGUGGGAGCCAAUCUGUGGCGGAAAACCACCGGCAUCAGCAUUCAACGCUCCUUUCAACGAGACCACUGGAGAAUUUAUCAACGUCACCACUGCAGAAAUGUUCUUCGAGCUCUCCAAAACAAAUCCUAUCAAACGUCACCAACCCAGCUUCUGGAAAGUGCUGCACUCUCGUCUUUCGCCACAGGAAGAAUGA